AUGACCAUAACACUCCACCUCGUCCGCCACGCCCAAGGUUUCCACAACCUCAGCACAAAAAACCACUCGAUGCCCGACCCGCUGCUCACCCCACUGGGAAAAACCCAAUGCGAAACCCUCUCCCAAAUCUUCCCUACAAAAACAAUAACCCAUCUCAUCGCCUCCCCACUCCGUCGCACCCUCUACACAGCGCUCUAUUCCUUCCCUACCUUCAUCACCACAGGCUCAAAAGUAAUCGCUCUCCCCGAACUCCAAGAAACUUCCACUUUACCCUGCGAUACGGGGUCUGAACCUGCGGCGCUCGCCGAGGAGUUUGCAGGGAGUGUGGAUUUGGAGUUGGUGAGUGAGGGGUGGAAUAGUAAGACGGGGAGAUGGGAUGCCAAUGCGCCUGCGAUUGAGAGGCGGGCGCGGGAAGCGCGGGUUUGGUUGAGGGAUCUCGGGAGGGAGUCUGAGAGGCAGGGCGUCUCGGAUGUUAAUAUUGUGGUUGUGACGCAUGGGGGUUUUUUGCAUUAUUUAUCUGAUGAUUGGGAAAACUCCACCCUCUUCGUCGGAACCGGCUGGUCCAAUACCGAAUUCCGCUCCUACAAUUUCCGCGACGCGGAAUACACUGAUAGCAAUGCAUCGAUUGAAGAAACGAGAGAAAGUAGAUCGAGGAGAAAGGGAAGUGAAAAAUCUCUCUCCGUGGAGGAACAGAGGAAUUUGAAAUUGGUGGCUGAGAAUGGGUGGCAGAAGGAUGGGUUUCAGCAGAAGAAGGAAGAUGCGGAGGAAUUGGCGAAGGGAGUGGAGGUUGUUGCUUAG